AUGCCAAACAAUUUACAAAUUAUUGAAUUGAAUAUAGACCCAAAACGUUUGGACCAGGAAAAACCUGAAAAGGACCCUUAUAUUGCUUAUAGAGGUUCAAGUGCAUAUAUUGCUGGAAUUUUUGAAGGCUAUGGGGUUGGAAAGCCGAGGAGAUCAGGGAUUAUCUGGGCUAGUCUCCAGCAUUGUCUCCAAUAUUUCUACAGUGCUCCACAUAACUAUACUUCCACCCCCCCCCCUACUUUAUUAAUAAUCUAUACUAAUAUCAAAAAUACCAUGCGAUCUACGCGCACCGGAAUCUCGGACAUCCUUGGCAUUCUCGAGCAAUAUUUCUUCCUCAAUGUGUCAAAAAUACUAAUGAUUUUAAUUUUAAGAUUUAUUAAACAACCCUCAAGUCAUUAUUGGAAAUGA